UGGCAUUUCUCUGAGGUGUCCGUGCUUAUGUCUCAGGUCAGCCUGCUGAUCGCCUUCAUCUGCGUGAGGAGCUCUCCGUGGAUCAGCCAGAGUGCCUACAGAUACUUCGAAGUGGUCACCAUCUGCAACUUGAUCAUGAUCCUCGCCUUCUACCUGGUCCACCUCUUCCGCCUCUACCGCGUGCUCACCUGCAUCAGCUGGCCCCUGUCGGAACUUCUGCACUAUUUAAUCGGCACCCUGCUCCUCCUCAUCGCCUCCAUCGUGGCCGCCUCCAAGAGUUACAGCCAGAGCGAGCUGGUAGCCGCCUCGAUUUAUGGACUCCUGUCCCCCUUCCUCUGCCUGGCGAGCGUGUGGCUGUCCUACAAGAUCUCCUGUGUGACCCAGUCCACAGCGAUGACAGCCAGAAUAGGGGCCACGCUGGAUAUUGGCCAGACCAACACUGUGAAGAAACCUCGCUCCCACGCAGGGGUGCACCGCCGAGAGAAGGGAAAAUUGGAUUUUUAG